CAUUAUAAUGAUGGGUCUGUUCUCCAUAUACGCCGGCUUUAUAUACAACGAUGUCUUCUCGAAGUCUAUGAACCUGUUUGGGUCGCAGUGGAAGACCCCGGAGCCCAGGUUACUGGAAAAUGGGAGCGAUAGUUAUAGGUUUGACCCGGAUAUGACACUUGAUCCCCAGAAUGAGAUUAAACCGGACACACUACCGUACCCGUUCGGAAUGGACCCGAUAUGGCAGUUGGCCACGAAUAAGAUAAUAUUUCUGAACACAUACAAAAUGAAGACAUCGGUUGUGUUAGGAGUUAUUCAAAUGGUAUUCGGCGUUAUGUUAAGCAUCGUUAACCACCUCCACUUCAAGCAUUAUGUGAACAUAUUAUGUGAAUUCAUACCGCAAGUGAUAUUCUUGAUGGCUAUAUUUGGUUACAUGGAUUUCAUGAUAUUUUGGAAGUGGUUUGCCUACAAUUCCUUAAACUCCGACUGUGCCCCCUCCAUACUCAUUACACUCAUCAAUAUGUUCCUGUUCAAAAAGGGAGCAAGUGGUGACCCGUGUUAUCUCACGGAUCCUAUGUAUGCGCCCCAAGAGCUCAUACAGACUAUACUACUGGUGCUUGCCGUGUACAAAGAGUACAUACAUUAGUAAUGAUAACGAAUUGCAUAAUAACAUAGAAAUGACGACAAAUAGGUCGGCGUUUAAUAACGUGGAGAUCAAUGAAAUUAAGAUCAGUGUCGAUGACAAUGGAAAGGCAUCCCAUAGUGGACAAGGAGCCAGUUCAAGUAGUGGUGGAGGACAUGGAGGUCACGGGGACGGGGAGUUUGAUUUUGGCGACAUAUUCAUACACCAAGCGAUUCAUACGAUUGAGUACUGUCUGGGCUCCAUAUCCCAUACGGCCAGUUAUUUGCGAUUAUGGGCCCUGAGUUUGGCUCACUCCCAGCUCAGUGAAGUCCUCUGGAAUAUGGUUAUGGUCGAGGGGUUUAUGCGUAAGAAUAUUCUGUGAUUUACUGUUAUUUAUGUAGUUA